AUGGAUGCGGAUAAAUUCCAAAUCGCUACUCUAGACGUCAGAGAAUUUAAACCGGAGGAAAUCACUUGCAAAGUGGAAAAUGGGAAGAUCAAAGUCUCCGGCUUACAGCGACAUGAGAGCGAAGAGGGAUUUGAUUCUAAGGAAUUCCGUCGAUGCUACAAUCUUCCCGAGGGAGUUGACGAGUCUUCCAUCUCAACACGGAUUGCAGAGGAUGGCAUGUUGCAUGUUGAAGCCCUAAAGAAGUCACCUCCUGCCACUACAGAGAACAAAGCACCGGCCACUAAAGACGAUACCAAGUUUACGCUUGCACUAGAUGUGAGCGACUUUAAGCCAGAGGAAGUGGACGUCAAGGUGUACGGGCACGAGCUAUCAGUAAGGGCCAGACAGGAGUGUGAGGAGCAUGGAUUCUUUACUGCACGUCAGUUCAACAGGCACUUUGUGUUGCCGCGGGAGGUAGACAUGGACACCCUUGUGCCACGCCUUGCGAAAGAUGGGGUGUUGUACAUUGAAGCAGAUAAGAGACCUCUGAGACAGCUUGACAUUGUCAUGGAGAAGUGA